AUGCAUCCAAACGAUGUCUUUGGUGUGCGGCGUGCCGCUUCACCCUUGGCCGAGGACGUGUCUAUGGCUAAGCGACAGAAGAGAUCCCCCAUCGUACGGUCUCGGGCGUCAUUGGCUUGCCACAGCUGUCGCCAGCGCAAGAUCAAGGUUGGUGAAAAGCAGAUCCCAAGUUUGGAACAAUACCAGUGGAAGGAUGGAGCGGAUGAGACUAACAUUCUCCAAGUGCGACAUCCAACGACUCCCGACUGGGUCUACGUGUACCGGAUGCCGCACGGCUCUCGCGAGCACGUCGCUACACUUCAGGAACAGGUCCGGUCGCUGGAGGCUUUGGUGCGCCAAAUCAUUCCGGAUGGGAAUACUUCCGUCGGCGGCAGUCAGGAAGCUCAGGUAGCAAACACGCCGCAGUUGGACGUGCAGAAGGCUCCGGCUGUGAGCACCACGCCCGCUCCUGACAAUAUACAAGAGCUCCAGGAUAGUGCCUUUGUUGCCACUUAUCAAGCGUCGUCGGUGGCUGAACAAUCCAGCAAUCAUGAUUCCCGUCGACGUAGGGAAGAACAACUACCUUCUGCAAGUCCACAAACAAUAAGCAUUGCCAACAGCAAGCUCCAGACAAAGCAGAGUCCAGUCCAUGGCACGGCCGCUGUUAUGCCAGCUGCCCGAGAAGACUCUUCAUAUGCGGAUCAAAUACCGCAGCGCGAGCCUGAGCAAAGACCGAAUAUGGCCAGCUUGAGCCCCAUGGACAACGAAAGACAGAGUCCCACGGCCCAAGUCUGUACUGGAGCCAAUGGCGAGGAGGGAAUCUCGGAAGAAUCUGGCAUAUUCUUUGGCCCGACGUGUCAACUGCACGUGUCAUCGCCUUCUGAUGUGGUGAGGAGCGUGUCAAGCAUCGAUCCCCCGCCUCCCCCGGGCACACAGAUCGACAUGGACUCGGACCGGCUGAAGACGCUCCUGUUCAACAACUACUGCAAUUUCCAGACUCUCUCGGUCACCAUAAUCCACCGAGAACUCUUCCUGUCACACCGGGCGCGAGGCAUACGGUCCCAGCACUACUCCAGAUUCCUGGAAAAUUCCCUGCUGGCGUGCAGCGCGCGUUUGAGUACGUCUGUCGCGGUCCGCGCGCUGGGAUCGAGCUUUGCGAUGCGCGCCAAGUCAGAAAUAGUGUCGGAGAUGGAGGAUCCCAACGUCGCGACGCUGCAGGGAAUGCUGCUUCUCAGUGAUUACGAGAUGACGGAAGGGCGGGAUCGAGUCGGUUGGAUGUACUGCGGUAUUGCUUGUCGACUCAUUGUGGACCUUGGACUGCACCACACCUUGAGCAAGAAUAGCGACCACGAUGCCUUAAAUGUCCAUGGAGGAGGAGGGUUCCGCGCGUCGGUCACGUUGGGCUGCUUCGUCUAUGAGACCCUGUGGAGCCUGUACCUGGGCCGUCCGAGCCACAUCGCGAUCUUGAGCCCGUCCCUGUCUUCGUAUGCUCGCCGUGUAUCCGACAAUCUCACUCUGAGGGCCUGGUUCGACCUGUGUGUCCUGAUCGCCGAGAUCACAACCAUUCUCGACAAGGACUCGCCGAUGCAGGCAAGCGCUCUGGACCGGCUGUCAGAACUGGAUGGCAAGUUGCGUCGGUGGUAUGUCUCGCUGCCCGCAGAGAUUGCCCUUGACUACGACAACGUGUCCGGUCUUGAUGCCGUUGCAUAUGGUCUGCACAUGCAGUACUUGCGCAUGCAAAUGCUCCUGCAUUCCCUGCCCAUAUCCACCCACCGGAAGCGCAAACACAACGAAAGCAAGGACCAGCCUCCGGUCCUCCGCAACUGGACCGCCGAGUCUUCUCGCCAGCUCGUCCACCACAACGCGGUGAAGAUCGCCCAAUUGGGGAUCACGUACAGACAGAUUUUCGGGGUGGAAAACACGCCUUCGGUGAUGUUGGACAAUCUCUACGUGGCGGGGACCGUCCUGAUCUCCACCGUCUUGGGGGCCGAGCACUCCUCCGUCGACGAGAAUGACCUCCGAUGGCUUCGAUUGCUGGAUGAGAUGAUGAAGGAUCUACAGCCCCAUUUCCAUAUCACUGCCCGGAUGAGGAGAACACUGGCCCGGAUCGUGGAAGGUUGUCCCCUCCUUGUCGAUGUCUUCACGGACGACGUGCGGACAUCGCCUGCUCAAUACAAUGUCAAUAAUGGGGGCCUGGACACGGCACAUGGCGGCGCUUGGGGGUCCCUCGAAGCUGCUGUCAACGACUUUGUCCUCGACCCCAGUCUCUUCAACUUUGUCGACUUUGAGUUGGUGGGCGAUAGUGGGGGUUGA